AUGAGGUACCUAAAAGAUGAAACGGACAUGGUGCUUAUCUAUCAGGAUGGUACAGUUACAUAUACCUACAUAGGUAGGUUUGACACAGGAUGCAAGGUCAAUAUCCAACAGUUUCCUUUCGAUCGUCAGACAUGUAAUCUUCACUUUGACACAUUUUAUGCUCCUGCAAGUAAGGAAUAUCUGAACGUAGUCGACUCGUAUGUAAAUCUGGAAACAUAUCAGGAAAACGGAGAAUUUCACCUUCUCGGUGCAUCAAUCACACGGCAGAAAUACACCCUUCUCAAUGAAUCUCAUAACUGGAUAGAAGUGACCCUUGUCCUGCAGAGACGAACCACCUUCUACAUCCUCAACAACAUCCUUCCUGUCGUGUUCCUGUCCUUUCUUAACAUCUUCGUUUUUCUGUUGCCCGAGGAGAGUGGUGAGAAGGUGUCUCUGUGUGUCUCCAUCCUGUUGUCAUAUGCCAUGUUCCUGACCCUCAUCAACUCCUACCUACCAGCUAACUCCGAUCACCUGUGUUUCUUCAGUGUCUACGUCACCCUGCUUGUGUUGAUCAGCACACUCACAUGUCUCGUCACAAUCUUCAUGCAAAUUCUUCACACAAAUAUUCAAAGGGUCAAGGCCAGACCAAGAUGGCUUCCAAACGCAUGGAGAUCAGAAAACAAAGUUGGAACAACCAAACUACAGACUGAUGAUGUCUCUCCAAACAAAUCGGACGUGAAAGACAAAGCAAAUAAGAAGUCAGAAAUGAAGGAUGCUAUAAUCACCAAGUACAACAGAGUGGCAUUUGGAACGUUCUUCACACUCACAGCUCUCAUUAACCUUAUUUAUUUCAUUAGCGUAUCUCAAUGA